ACAUUCGAAUUAUUAGUAUGUGUUAACUGUUUCAAAGAUGAAAGGUCGCCAUCAAUUCCGCCGUAGAUUCAGUUUACAGCCUUCUUUCAUGAAAGAUGACACCGACGAAGAAAGGAAAACUCAGAGACCAGAAAAAGUGGAACACACAUCAGGCAGUAAUAGUAACUUAACAAACAACGCUGUCCGGCACAAGAUCGUCGUCUUAGGAGCAGCGAAAGUUGGAAAAUCGUCUCUGAUAUCCCAGUUCCUGUAUGGGACAUUUUCGCCCAAAUACAAAAGGACAAUUGAGGAAAUGCAUCAUGGCGACUUCAACGUGGCGGGAGUUAGACUAACUUUAGACAUUUUGGACACAUCUGGGGCGUACGAGUUUCCAGCUAUGCGCGCCCUGUCCAUGCAAUCGGCGGAUGCUUUCAUUCUAGUCUAUGACAUAACUGAUUUGGAUAGUUUCGCUGAAGUUCGGGCUUUGAGAGACCAGAUACACGAGACGAAGGAAAGUACGGCUGUUCCGAUCGUUGUGGUCGGGAAUAAGGUGGAUAUGGCUGAGUCUGGUGAGAGACAGGUUGACUUUCACACAACGGAAUCCGUUGUAACUGUGGAUUGGGAGAAUGGUUUUGUGGAGGCAUCGGCAAAGGAUAAUAUGAACGUGUCUCAGAUCUUCAAAGAGCUACUGGUGCAGGCUAAGGUGAAGUACAACCUGUCGCCUGCGCUCCGGCGAAGACGGCGGCAAUCAUUGCCCACUGGCCCCCAGGGUCCGCCUGGUUCCGCUGCCAGCCCCUCAUCCUCUAAUCCCCCCCACGUACCUUCCCCCGCUCAGCUCGCGCACCUUCAACAGAUUAGAGAAAGAAAUGCAAACAGCAAACGCAAUUCCUGUUCAAUUUCUUAAGUGUAAGUUAAUUAAGUAGAAGACAAUCUUUCUAAAUGUUGUGAUUUUAUGAGAAUGAAUAUGCAUUUCCGAGAUUACUUGAUAGCGUGAAUUCUAUUUUUAAAAUAUGAAACAUAUAUGCUAAUGUAAGAAUUUUAUUCGCUAAGAUAUAGAUUCUUAUGUAUUGUGUA